AUGACAAAAGGUGGAACAUAUUAUGUUGUCCCUUCUUUAAACACAGUGCAACUCAAGCCUGCACAUCCACCCAGCCAGCAGCAGAAUAAGAAACUUCCAGACACUUUGCCUUCUCUGGGUUUAAAACCUAGCAUCAUCAAAAAAGAGCAGCCAAUCAAUAUUGAAGUCCAGCAGAAGCUUAGUCAGGGUGGAACGUAUAAUGUUGUCCCUCAUUUCAACACAGUGCAACUCAAGCCUGCACAUCCGCCCGGCCAGCAGCAGAAGUAUAAAAAACUUCCCGACACUUUGCCUUCUCUGGGUUCAAAACCACAGACGGUCCGCGUUUUGCCUGGCAUCAUCAAAAAAGAGCAGCCAAACAAUGAUGAAGUCCAGCAGAAGUUUAGUCAGGGUGGAAAGUGGGAUGCUGUUCCGCCGUUCAACAUAGUGCAGCUCAACCCUGCAUAUCAGCCCUGCCAGCAGCAGAAUAAAAAACAUCCAGACACUUUGCCUUCUCUGGGUUCAAAACCACAGACGACCCGCGUUUUGCCUGGCAUCAACAAAAAAGAGCAGCCAAACCAUGUUGAAGACAAGCAGAAGAUUGAUCAGGGUGGAAAGUGUGAUGCUGUCCCUCCUCUCAAAAAAACGCAAACCAAGCCUGUACAUCAGCCCUGCCAGCAGCAGAUACCAGAUCAGAAGUCAGUGACUCAGGAUUUCAAGACAAAUAGUAGGAAACUUCCAAAGCUUGUUAACACCUGGCACCCUUCCAGCCAACAGAAGAACAAAAAGCUGUUGAGGAAAGAUACGCUCCCCAUGUCUCCUGAAGAUGUGCUGGAAAGAUUUGGCAAGAUCAUGACUGAGUUUGAGUGUGAUGAGAUCCUCACUUACCCAGAGAUCUGGUAUUUGGGCCACAUAACGAAAAAUUAUGCCAGACCCAAGACAAUGAAAGAGAAGACUGGCACCCAAACCAAGGUUAUGCAUAUUGCUUACCGCUAUGAGGUGCAGAAGAUGCUUGGAGAGGGAACCUACGGGCAGGUUUAUAAGUGCCUGGACCACAAGACCAAUGAGCUUGUGGCUAUUAAAGUAAUUCGUCCAGACAGUGUUAUCAAGACAGAGUUGGAUAUACUGGAUUUCUUGCGGAAGAAGGACAAAGAUGACUGCUAUAACAUUGUCCACAUGAAAGAACACUUUCGCUUCAGAAACCAGCUCUGCAUUGUUUUUGAACUUCUGGGGCAAACUCUGUGGAAUGUAAUGAAGGACCACCGUGAGGGCAUGAGCUUAGAUCAGGUGCGCAACAUUGCUCGUGAACUGCUCAAGUGCCUAAGUAUGCUCGAGCGAGAGAAGAUCAUUCAUGCUGAUCUCAAACCUGAAAACAUCAUGCAGUCACUUGAAAAGCCACCUGGUAUCAGAGUCAUUGACUUUGGAUUCAGCUGCUUUGAACAUCUGCAAGAGCUUAAACGGGUAGGAACGUCCGUCUACCGCGCGCCAGAGGUUAUGGUGCGCAAACGCUACUCCACCGCUAUUGAUAUGUGGAGUCUGGGCUGCAUCCUGAUAGAACUUUACACUGGCCAGCAUCCCUUUUACGGACACAGUGAGGUGGAGAUUAUGUCCCGCAUUAUGGAGGUGCUUGGAAAGCCUCCAACUCAAUACACCUCAUUAAGGAAAGAACUGUUCUUCGACUUUAAAGGACGACCUCUUAGGGUACUCGACCGCCAUGGAGAACUAAGAGUGAUUGGUUCCAAAAAUCUGGCCAGCAUUUUAAACACCAGUGAUGAGCUGUUCCUGGACUUCAUCCAGCGCUGCUUAACCUGGGACCCAGGAAUGCGUCUAACUGCACAGAAGGCUUUGCAGCACAAAUGGAUUCAGGAGGGGCCAAAGGCAAAGACAAGACAGCAUGCAGCCUCUACAAAAAGAUUAUAGUCACAUCAUAGAUGACCAGUAGAUGAAGUUUAUCUGCAUCAGGGUGACAAGAAGAUGACUAGUCCAUUUCAUCAGGAGGAUCAUAAUGGUCAUGUAUAACCUUAGCAGUACAGUCGUCUUGUUAUAAAACCAAAAUCAUUUAUUAAUGGCUAAGUAAACUGAACUGGUUAAGUGUUAGAUCAAUGUUUAAUCAGUUAAAUGUUUUACUGUUCAGCUGUGUUUGCUGUUUUGGUUUUAAUGCUUUAUGAGAUACAGGAUGGACUGACCAGACUGGGUUUGAAAAAUCUCAGCCAGAGUAAGUUAGCGGAACCCCAGACGUCCCAAAUGACAGGAGGCGCAGCAGCAUACAUACAUUAAAAAGCACCAUGGACGGGAUUCGACAUUACAGAUCAGAUGUGGCUGCAUCUCACCACAAUAGGACUUACAGCACUGUUGGAUGCCAGUGAUUUGUUAUAUAAGUCCGUCCAGGAUACAGACUUAUCUACAUAAUCAGAGAUUGAGGAAACGAGUGGAUCACUCCAGAUUAUACCAAAGAUAAAACCUGAAAAGUCGUCCCUGGAUGUGAUCGCUGAAGAGGAAGGUGAAGUACCACCUCAGCACAAACAGCUACACAGGUCCAGAAGGUUUAUUCUUAGCUGUGGAUUUCCAUCCAGUUUGAACAUCAGUAAAGAAGUGGGACCAUCGAUAAACACUACAAGAUUAAUACCUGGAAAGAGGAGCAUCACAUACAUCACAGAAUCAACAUACUUUUGCUGUGUAAUGAAUAAGUGACGGCCAAAAUAUUGUAUGUGUCACACUUGAGCCUUCUGUGUGCUCCUGCCUGCCACACCCACCUCUAUUGGAGCAAUCAGCCUCCAGCCAGCUCCCCUCUCUGGAUUGGUUCUCUGGGGCUAAUUAGCCCCAGCUGCAAUAUAUUUAAGAGAGGUACUGGGAGAGGCUGGUGGGGAUUACUGGAUUUGUUUCAUGGUUGCUCUGUUUGACUAAUGUAUCUCUGUCUGGUUCAUAUAGAUCCUGAUCUAUUCUGGUUUGUUCUUGUCGUUGCCUUUGUCAUGUUGAGUCUGUUUAGUCCUGUUCAGUUUGUUUAACCCUGUUAGUCUGUUUAGUCCUGUUCAGUCCUGUUAGUCUGUUUAGCCCAGUUAGUCUGUUUAGUCCUGUUCAGUCUGUUUAGUCCUGUUCAGUCUGUUUAGUCCUGUUCAGUCUGUUUAGCCCAGUUAGUCUGUUUAGCCCAGUUAGUCUGUUUAGCCCAGUUAGUCUGUUUAGUCCUGUUCAGUCUGUUUAGUCCUGUUCAGUCUGUUUAGUCCUGUUCAGUCUGUUUAGCCCAGUUAGUCUGUUUAGCCCAGUUAGUCUGUUUAGCCCAGUUAGUCUGUUUAGCCCAGUUAGUCUGUUUAGUCCUGUUCAGUCUGUUUAGUCCUGUUAGUCUGUUUAGUCCUGUUUAGUCUGUUUAGUCCUGUUCAGUCUGUUUAGCCCUGUUCAGUCUGUUUAGCCCUGUUCAGUCUGUUUAGCCCUGUUCAGUCUGUUUAGCCCAGUUAGUCUGUUUAGCCCAGUUAGUCUGUUUAACCCUGUUCAGUCUGUUUAACCCUGUUCAGUCUGUUUAGUCCUGUUCAGUCUGUUUAGUCCUGUUCAGUCUGUUUAGUCCUGUUCAGUCUGUUUAGUCCUGUUCUGUCUGUUUAGUCCUGUUCAGUCUGUUUAGUCCUGUUAGUCUGUUUAGUCCUGUUCAGUCUGUUUAGCCCUGUUCAGUCUGUUUAGCCCAGUUAGUCUGUUUAGCCCAGUUAGUCUGUUUAACCCUGUUCAGUCUGUUUAGUCCUGUUCAGUCUGUUUAGUCCUGUUCAGUCUGUUUAGUCCUGUUCAGUCUGUUUAGUCCUGUUCAGUCUGUUUAGUCCUGUUAGUCUGUUUAGUCCUGUUCAGUCUGUUUAGUCCUGUUCUGUCAGUUUUACCCUGUCUUGUCUUAUUAUUAAAAUUCAUCAGUCUAUCUCA